AUGACCUCAGACAUCGUCCUCCCUCGACCCGGCGCCGCACCGAGCACAGCCCAGGCUUCUAUCCCGGGUCCCACCGAGGCCGCCUUCACCGACGUCUUUGGAAAGCUCCUCCCGCCUGCAGAUUUCCUGGAGACGGGCCAUGGCAAGGCGGCCUACUACCGUCUGACCGCGUCGACCGCCCAGCCCUCGGCCGGCCGCGUCCUCUUCGUCCACGGCAUCCAGACGCCCGCUCUGGGGAUGUACCCUCUCGCCGCCGAGCUGCGCAAGACGCACCCGGGUGCGGAGCUGGUGCUGGUCGACCUGUGGGGCCACGGUCUGAGCGACACGCCCGUCCUGCCUCACGACCCGGCCCUGUUCCACGGGCUCAUCGACGCCCUGCUCGACCGCCUGGAGUGGCCCUCGGCCCAUCUGGUAGGGUACUCGAUGGGCGCGGCGCUGUCGGUGGGGUACACGGCCGGUAACGCCCAGCGGGUCAGGAGCCUGACCCUCGUCGCGCCGGCGGGCAUGAUCAGCUCGAGCCUGCUGUCGGCCGAGCAGAGGGCCCAUGUAAGCCUGGACUGUGCCGACGAGCCUGCAGCGGAGCGCUUCAUCGUCGGCUUCCUCGAGGGUGGCGAGCGCGUCGUCCCGGCCGACUGGAAGGACCGCGUGUCCAGGGGCGAGGUCGUGGCCGAGGCUGUGCGUGAGUGGCAGGCGCUCGAGCACAGGGGCCACUCGGCCUCUGUGGUGGCUGCCUUCCGCGACGCGGGCGUCAUGGAUGCCCACGACCAGUUCGACAAGGCUGCUGCUACGGGGGUCGCGACGCUGGCUGUCUUGGGGGAGACGGACGUGCUGUCAAGCGCCAGAGAGCUCGGGGAGCAUGGCUUGACGAAUGUUCGUGUGAUCCGAGGUGCGGACCACGGCGUCGUCAGGUCCGAGGUGCCGCAGGUGGCUGCGCAUAUCAGCGACUUCUGGGCCCGAUACGCCGAGGAGAUCUAG